GUCGCGCGACCGCGAUACCGAUCGGAAGCUCCGGGACACUUGGCCGUGGCCAUUGCAGGGUCGGACAGAUGACGGAUGCAUUUCAGCUUGCAGUCUCGUCGCGUACACGUACAUACAUACAUUGUACAACAAUACACAUUAUUUUAUGACCUGAAACUUGAAAGGUCAUUGCGGCGGGAAGGGAAGAAUACCGGUAGUGACAGACGACGUUUUGUUUUUUUGGUUUUGUUUUUUUAGAUGGACACGUUUUGGUUUUGGUUUUUGUCCUGAUCAUGAUCCGAUAUGAUGGCAAACGAGGUUAGAGUAUUAGAUGGAGCGGAGGAAUUGGAGGAUUUCCUGAAAGUUGCCCUACCACGCGCUAACUUUGUAACGAGGACCACAGAAAAACCGUUCUCAAACAGUGUUGAAGAGAUCUUCAAGGAGGCCAUUCUGCGUCCAAAGGGGUUCAUAUGGAGCCAGGAACGUGGCACGAGCUGUGCACCGAUUCCUUUUGAUGGAGUUCCGUUCGUCUGCUGUGGCUUUCGCAUACUAGAAUGUCAAUUUGGGAAGCACAGGUGCCACACCACAAAAUGCACCGAGUCCUCUGAUGAUGUAACGAGUUCAGCAUCUGAUCAUUCUUACCCCAAAGCCUCAGCUGAUAAGAAGAAGAAGAGGAUAAAACUCCAAGGGACAAGAAAAAUUGGAUGUGAGGCAUCGUGCAACAUUCGUCGCAUUCUGCGACUCCCCGCUUAUUCGGUUGACUCAACUGGUCUUUCUGCUUCCGCCUUGGUAAAAGCAAAAGCGGGUAAAGUGAAGGAGCUUAAGAUAUCUAUUUUGGCUGCUCUCGAUGCUGGCGACCUGUCCAAACUCAAUGUGUGCGAUCGGUUUAUCGUGAGCUACCCAACUGAGGGUAGUCACAGUGGUCAUGAUGUCAUUACCGAGAAAGGUAAACUCGCCAGCGAGCUCAGCCAAAGACUCAGUCAGUCGGUUAUCGACCGAAUUCUCCAACUCGUCGAGAGUGGUCUACGAGAUGCCCGGGCUAUCCAGACCAUGUUCAAAGUGGAGUAUAGGCAUACGGUAGUUAAUGCACGUGAUAACUUCCUGUGA